AUGAAUGGAGGGAUGAACGGCGUGAACGCGAAUAGUCUGAAUGCUGCCAACUUGAACAAUGCGAUGAACGGCGUCGUGAACAACGGCGUCGUCAACAACCCGGGCUUCAACGGGCACGGGCUGAACCCGAACAACCUGAACGGGUUCAACCCGAAUCCGCCUGGCAUACCGCACGACGUGAACAUGGGCGGGGACAUGAGCGCGGCGAUCGAUAGGUUGAGCGAAGAAACCUCGCGCCUCUCGCUGAACGCGACGUACCUCUACGUCGACGACGAGGGGUACACGCGCUGGCAGGGCGAGACGUCGGGGAUGCCGCUGCUGGAUUUGCUCGUCGAGAUACACGCGGUGGAGGGCGCGGGUGGGGCGGGUGGGAACGGAAAUACGAGACAAGGCGUCCAAGGGGGACAACAAGGACAAGGACAAGGACAGGCGGGGCAGGGCGGCAAGCAGGGCCCGCCGAGUAGUGAUGGGAGCGAGUGUGGCGCCCCCACGCCCGAAGACCGGCCCAUCGACUGGUUCCCGAACCGCUCCGCCCGACGGCCCGCGGCGGUCAACCCGGAGACGCUCUGGCUGCUCGUCACCUCGCACAUCGCGCCGGACCUGAUGGAUGCGCUGGUGCAAACCUAUCUGAGCACGAGCUACUAUUUGAUGCCGUUCUUGCAUAUCCCGACGUUUUUGAAGGACUAUGGGAAUCCGGCGAAGUGGGGGGAGCCGGGUUUCGCCUCCUUUAUCGUCGCGAUCUGCUGCCUGGCGAGCCGGCACACGGACGACCCGCGCGCGCGGGUGGAUCCGGCAACGGGCGCGGGGGCGGCGCUGCCGCAGGGCGCGACGAGCGACGGGAGUGGCACAGGCUUGACGGCGGGCACGCAGUGGUUUGAGUUGUUGGGCAGGUUGCGUACUCUCCCCGGCUCCGACCGCCCUACGCUGUACGCCGUGCACGCCGCGCUCGUCGCGGGCGUCUACGCAACGGGCCUCGGGCGCCUCUCCGCCGCCGCCGCGCUCAUCUCCGAGGCCGCCGCGCGCUGCAUCGACGCGGGCCUCCACCGCUCCGCCGCGCGCUACGACGCGUUCACGCCCGUCGAGGACGAGGUCCGCCGGCGCACGUUCUGGUGCGUCUACGCGUGGGACAAGCAGCUCGCGGCGCACCUCGGCCGGCCGCCCGUCCUGCGCCUGCGCGACUGCGACGUGGGCGAGCCCGCGCCAGUCGACGACGAGUUCGUGACCGCGGAGGGGUACGUGGGGCGCGACGGGGUGGUCAGAGAGAGUUAUGGGCCGGAGGCGGCAAGGGCAGAGUGCCGGAUGGUCGCGUUCGUGGCGUGGGUGAAGAUGAUGGUGGUGCUGGAGGCGGUGCUGGACGUGCCGCCGACGCGGGAGGACCAGGGCUCGUUUCUGAAUCGCGCGGGCGGGCUCGGUGGUGGCAGGCGGUCGGGGCGCGGGGGCGGGAACGCGCUGAGGGACGAGGAGACGAUGCUGGACGAGGUGCACGUGAAUAUUCCGUCGUUUUGGUGCCAUAAGCAUACGGCGUUCCCGCCGACGGCAGGGUAUGGCGCGUUCGGGACGACGCCGCAGAGCUGCUGGUCGACACCGCUGGCGGCGGAGACUUUGAGCAGCGACGACGUGAUCCGCGUCACGCAGGCCGUGCGGCUGCACUGCACCGAGCAGUUUGUGCGGCUGCUUAUCUACCGGCACCGCAUCUCGCAGCUCGUCGCCGCGCGCGCGCAGCAGUCCCAGAAUCCAGGCGUCUACAAACCCAACGCAGCGGACACGGCGGCGCGCGAACGGGAGGCGAUGGUCGCCGCACAUCGGUGUGCGCUGCAGCUGGUGGCGGCGUACUUGCAUGUGGCGACGCGGGGGCUGAUGACUUACUACGGCGUCCACGUCAUCCACCAGCUCACCCAGGCGGGCCGCACGCUCGUCGCCGUGCUGCUGAACUGCAAGUGCGACUGCGGGCGACAGGGCGAGGCGCCCUCGGAGGCGAACCCGGCGCGCCCGAACUGCCGCUGCGGGCUCGAGCACCUCAUCCCGUCCGCGAUGGACGCGCUGCGCUCGUGCGUGGGCCUGCUGAGGAGGUUCAGCGGGCGGUAUGUGUGCGGGCUGAGAUCGGGGGAUCUGAUGGAGGAGUUUUGUCGCUUGACGGGCAUCCCGCUGGAGACGAGCCAGAGGCCGGACGGGGAGGAGAAUCGGCCGGCGUGGAUCAGGCCAGUGCGCAAAAAGUCAUCGGUGAGGAGUCCGUCGAAUGCGAGGAGCGGCGACCAUCGGGCGAGGUCGCAUUCGUUCAUGUCGGAGCGUGGAAGAAGACCAUCGACCUCGUCCUACGCUCGCUCAGUAGGCUCCGACUCGGCAGGAUCACCUGAAGGCUCGCCUGCUGGUGGUAAUGCGCCGUCACCGUUGACGGGUGUGCCGAUCAACAGACCAUCACCCUCCGUCUUCACCGGCAACUCGCCCUCCGCGUUCGGCACGUCGCCCAACACCUUCAACGUCGGCUCGCCCUCACAACACUUCGGGACCUCGCCGUCGCAAGCCUUCCCCCCGUCGUCCUUCAACUCGGGCCCGGGGCAAAAUGGGACGUACUCGCCGGCGUCGGCGUUCAAGAUGCCCCCCGGCAGCGGUGGCGGUCAUGCGCACGAUCCUUUAGGAGGCAAUCUCUCUCAAUCGAAGGGAGGCUACCCGCCGGCACCGAACUCAGCUUCCGCCGCGUCCCCGCGACAUAGCUUCUCGGACUCGAACGCGCAGCGCUUUGGGGAAUCGUCCUCGCAGCGCUUCGCGAGCUCGUCCCUCUUCGCCGACGCGAACGCGAAGCGCGCGAGCUUUGCCUCGGACCCCUUCUCGCUCGACAUGGCAGGGCUGUACCGCGGCUCCGGGCAGGCAGGGUUCGAGACGCCCACCGCGGCGUUCCCGAAUGGGCCGCCGAGUUCUGGUCUGCAUGGGCAGGGCUUCGGCAACGGCUUUGACGUCGACGUGGACAUGGGCCACCCGGGCGGGAUGGGUCACUCGGGUGGACUUGGUCAUUCGGGCGGGCUGGAUGGAAUGGGGGCGGGGAUGUCGCUGGAAGGGCACCAUGCGCCGAUGGGGAUCAGCGAGGCGGAGUUGAUGGCGCUCAUCACGAGCGAGCUGGGGAGCCAGCACGCGCAAAAUGAACGGCCGGAUGUGUCGAGAGAACAGCAGGACUCGCGGGGGAAGGAGGGCGACGGUUCGGCGCGAAUGAAUGGCGUCGCGUCGUCGCAUUGA